ACUAUAUAUAUAUAUUAAAAAGACAAGAAUAUUAUUUUUUGAAAAACAACAAGAAAAAAUGGCUUCCAUGUGUGGUAGCAGUAAAAGUCAUCCUGCUUUGACUACCAGCAGCUAUUACAGGAGUGGUGCUUAUCCUUAUCAAAGCGAUUAUUAUUAUCCACCCCGAUCAACGUGGUCAAGGGUAACACAGCAUCCAACUAAAAAACAAAAUGCCAAUUCAACUUGGAAAAUUGGCAGUGCUAUGCUAAUAAUUUCAGCGAUGCUUGUAUUAAUAGCAGUACUUGCUAUAGCUGGUCUUGCAUUAUGGUUGGGUGCAUUGAGAAACGAUUCCAAAAAUUCGAUCAUUGGAUUCACUUGCAAUUUUAGAGUAAUUAAAGGUGAAAGGUAUAAUCCAAUGUUGAAGUUGAACACUAGUAUGGUGUUUCGGGAUAAAGAAAGAAAGUACAAAAAUAUAUUUGAAUUAUUAUUCCGAAGAAGCGUAUUGAGUCCAGCAUACAAACAAACUAUUAUAGAUAAAUUUGAGAACGGUACUCUUAAAGUUUUCUUUAGAUUAUAUUUAGAUAGAAGGAAGAUACCAAGAUCAAUAACAAAUAUCGAAGACACGAUCGAGGAUAUUAUUGCUAAGGAAACUUAUUCGGUGUCAUCUUUGUUCAAAGAUUUAGAAUUAGAUCUUGCAAGUAUAAACGUCAAACGAAUAAAUCAAGAUAUAACAACGAAUCAAAAACAAACGGGCAAUCAACAAAGGAACGCUAUGAUUACGAAAAAUGGUUUACUUCGACCAAACAGAACGAGUCCAUUGAUAACUGGCACUAAUAAACCAAAGUCUAAAUUAACAAAGAUAGAAUCCAACGAGCCCGAAAUUGAUUUUAAUAAUAUACCAACGAUUCAAGGUACUUACAAGGCAACCAAAGUAAACGAAACUUUAAAUAAUUCGACUAAAUUAAACGACAAAAUAAUCGAAUCUAAUAUUACGAACGUUAACAAAGAUUCGCAAUUAGACGAAAUAACGAAUAAAAGUAUUAUUUCAAGGAUCGAUAAUAAUACCAAAUUGGAAUUAACUUCCGUUCAACCGAUUUCUAGUACCACGAUGAAAUAUAAAACAACGAAUAAAUUCGAAUAUACAUCUGCUAUCGUAGAUAAUCAAAAAGAAAUGUCAUUAGCAUCGAUUAAAAUAUCGUCCAGUACUAUUCCUAGUACGAGUAGUGUUAUCAUUCAAGAUUUUCAUAAACCAGAUUUUGAAACGUCACCGUGGAAACCAAUAGUUCCCGAAUACGUUAACACCGAACUCAAAUUAUUAUUAGAUACAACGAUAUCAUCAUUGAUAGUUAAUACAGAUUCUAUUGUUAAAAAUCCGGUUUACGAUGUACAGGAUAAAAUUAUUAAUGAUAACAAUCCAAAAUUACCUAAUAAAAUAUCGGAAAAUUUGGAACCCAUUAACACGCGCAUUGACGUAUCAGGAAUGAGCACUUUGGACGAAGAAGAUACUGAUUUUCCACACGACAGAAUCGUACCCGAAGAUAUGGUCAAUUUUCGAGUUAAUGGAAAAUUUAAAAACAAGAUACCUGGUUUGAUGGAUGACGGUAAUCUGUUUACAGCACCAACACCUACGAUUGAUGUUAUUAACAAACCCAGUAUCGAAGUGUCAGGUCAGUUACCAUCAGAAACUUUUGAUUUACGAUUAAGUACUUCUUCGGGGGGAGGGGAAUUAACAAAAACCGAUCAUGUAAAACAACAUUAUUAUCAGACUAUUAUUGAUCAAUCUAAAAAACUAGAAUCAAUCAAUUCAACUAACGAUAAUAAAGAUGAUUCGAACGUUUCAAGAUGGAAUCUUCAAACAAACAAACCUGAAAUAACUGUAAACGAUGAAUCAGUUGAUAGUAUUUCUGGAAUAGGUAUAGCUGAACCUGUUCCUGAUUUAGAUGAAAAUUUGGAAACUAGAAGUAGAUUAAGUGGCAUCGAGGCAUUAGACAAAGAUCAAAAUGAUGCAUUACGUGACAGGAAGGUCGAUCAGAGACCAAUUUACACGAGUUAUCGUAGUCCAGAUCUAAGUGGUAGCGCAAUUAAAUCUAGUCUCAUUGAAAAUCCUGGUACUAUAAAACCCUUUCGACAUACCAUUCCUGUUGAUAAGAUUACGUCGGCAAUCUUUACAGAAAAUGAUAAUAAAAGAUUACCUUUAAUAUCGGUCAAUGAAAAUACAAGAAUUACAUCAAUCGUUGACAAAAUUCAUGAUGAUGAUGAACAAAACGUUAAGGAAAUGAAAAUACAGGAUAAGUGGAUAACAUCGAUGGAUAUUAAAGAAGCUACCGAAAUGAUUCAUUUAAAUAAUCCUAAUUUCGAGUCAUCAUUUGUUAAAAAUGAAAAAAUUGAAUUAACCGAACCAACGGUAUCAACUAAAUUUAAUAACGAUGAAAUAAUCGACGACGAGAAAAUUCUUAAACUCGGUACAACUGAAAUAUAUUCGGAAAUAUUACAUCCCAGUAAUAACAACAACAACGGACAAAAAUUAAUCAUGAAUAACGAUGAUAGUAAAGAAGUAAUACCGGAAAAAUUAAUCUCUAGUGUCUCGAGAAAUUCUACAUUCAUCGUAGUUGAUACGGUUCAACACGUACCUAAUCAAGAUAAUACCGAUGAAUUUGAGAAUACUAAUUCACAAAAUAGAGGCAACGAUGUUCCCGUUAAUCCUCAUUUGACAACUACUCCGGGAACCCGUAAAAAAAUUUACAACGACACGUUGAAAGCUUACGUGGUCGAAAAUUUGGUCACUUUGGCACCUGUUAAAAGUAAUACAGGUAUUGGUAGACCUGUCAGACCUAGACCUAAAAUUGAUAAUGACAAAUCAACGAAAUUUUCUUUAAAACCAUCUGCCGUCAGAAGUACAGCUGAACGUUUAGACGAAACAGCGUUACUUGAACAAUUGUUCGGUCUCAAAGCGUUAGAAAUAAAUAAGAAUAAACUUAAUCGAAAUAUUUCUAACGAAGAUCUAAUUGAUGAUCGAUCGAAUAAUCAGACGAUCGAUAUUACUGAUCAAAAUAAUACUCGUAUAGAACAAAUCGUCGAAGUUGUAACAUCAGUGAGUACCAAAGUAUCGUCUAAGGAAAAUCCUGAUCGUGUUGUUCUAAGAUUUGUCGUAACAAAUUCAACUUCACCGCCGAUAAUUCAUACAGAUUCUAAUAAAAAAUCAGACAAAUUGUUGGCGUUACAAAAUAACGAAGAGAAACGUUCGUUCAAGGAUGAAAAUCCUAACGUCGAUCCAAUGACUAUAUUAACUUCCGAUAGAAAAAUUUCAACGUUGGAAGAUGAUCGAUUUAUUUUGAACAAAUUGAAACAACUCGCUGAAGUUAGAACGCACGACAACAAACCUGACCUAAAAAUAAUCCAAAAUUCGUCGGAUCUUUCUAUGAAAAAUUUCGAUUCGCGAGAUCAAUUGCAAUCGGAUGAUAGCAAAUUGAUAUCACAUUUUGACGAGUUAAAAAAAAUCGCCGACGUAGCAGUCGGAAAUGAAACCUUGAAAAAUGACAGUUCUUUGUUCACGUUGAGCCGUGACGGCGUAAGGAUUUUAACGAAGAUAAUGAACAAGAUGGACGACGAUGGUUUUUCAAAUGAUCACGAAACAAAAAAUCUUACGACAGAAAAAUAUCCCGAUUCAAUAUCUGAUAACUGUCAAGGGGGGGCCGGGUUCCGGUGCAACGACGGCAAAUGUUUGCCAUCCAGUGCUAGAUGCAAUAUGUUAGGCGAAUGUAAACAUUCAGAAGACGAGGCCAAUUGUACCUGCGCUGAUUUUUUAAAGGCCCAAUUACUACAUCAAAAGAUAUGCGACGGUACACCGGACUGUUGGGAUUAUUCCGACGAAACUGAUUGCGAUUGGUGUGUCGAGGGUCAGUUCGUUUGCGGUAACAGCAGAUACUGCGUGGAUCAGAACAAGGUUUGCGAUGGUUUCCAAGACUGUCCUACAGGAGAAGAUGAAAAAAAAUGUGCUGCAUUGAUUGAGGAUUAUAUCGAUGAUUAUAAUAUCGAACAAGUAACUGACGCCUUUAAAAAUAAUAAAACCAUCCUAUUGGGUAAUCAAAAUGAAGGAGACGAUGAUAUGAUCAUCAACAAGUCAGAAGAUUAUUCGUUUGAUAUGGAAACCGGUCUUGAUGAUGUCCCAGUGUACGAUCAAGAAGCUGUAGAAUCCACGUUAUCGAAAACAUCUACCAUACCUGAUUCCCUAAACAAAGAAACUUACGAGACUGUUGUAGAAACGACUAUAUUACCAGACGAAUCAACUAAUUUAACUUAUCUAAUAUCGGGAAGAGAAAUAUCGUCGAAUUUGAGAAACAAUCUUAACGGUGGUACGUCCUAUCACGCUAAAGGAAAUUCUCCGAUUACCAGCUCCGUCAAUGGAUUUGAAAAGGAACUCAAUGGUUACAACGAUAAAGGUUAUUUGAAUAUUAGAAAAAAUGGAAAGUGGGGUAAACUUUGUUUAAAUACGACUAAUAAUUAUGAUCAAGAACGACAAACUAAUUGGAGCAUCGAGGAUCUUGCUAGGGCAGUUUGCAAAGCGAUCACUUAUCAAGAUUACGAAAAAGUAGAAAAAGUUUUCGACGAAAAUCCAUCGAUCGGCAAUUCUUAUUACGUAUUGUCGUUCAACGAUGAUAAACCAUCUGACAAAACCGCGUUGACCUUCAAACCGUCCAACUGUCCGAGCGGAGAGAUCCUCAAGGUCAAGUGUAAAAAUUUAGAAUGUGGAAUAAGGACUCAAACCCCAUCGCAGGCCAGAAUUGUUGGGGGCGGUAGUUCAUCGGCUGGAAGUUGGCCUUGGCAAGUAGCACUUUACAAAGAAGGGGAUUAUCAAUGCGGAGGUGCACUUAUCAAUGACAAAUGGGUACUCUCAGCGGCCCACUGUUUUUAUCGUACACUCGACGAGUAUUGGGUUGCUAGAAUAGGUGCUACAAGAAGAGGAAGUUUUCCAAGUCCGCACGAACAAUUAUUACGAUUGGAUCAAAUUGUUCUUCAUCCGGAUUAUAUUGACAAUGGAUUCAUUAACGAUAUAGCAUUACUCAGAUUGGAAAAAUCGGUUACAUUUAGCGAUUAUGUGAGACCAGUAUGCCUUCCACAAAACGAACCUAAAAGUGGUACAACUUGUACCGUAACCGGUUGGGGACAAUUGUUUGAGAUCGGUAGAAUAUUUCCUGAUACUUUGCAAGAGGUUCAAUUACCUUUGAUAUCAACUGAGGAAUGUCGAAGGAAAACUAUUUUCUUACCGUUGUACAGAAUAACAUCUGGAAUGUUGUGUGCUGGAUUAAAAGAUGGCGGAAGGGAUGCGUGUUUGGGCGACAGCGGUGGUCCUUUAGUUUGUUCUGGAUCGGACAAUAAAUAUACCAUUCAUGGUAUCACUUCGAACGGUUAUGGCUGUGCAAGACCAGGAAGACCUGGGGUUUAUACGAAAGUUUAUCAUUAUUUAUCGUACAUCGAACGUGUUAUUAAUUCUUAUAAUAACGUACCAUCUAUUAUAGCAUCCUGUAAAGGACACAGAUGUCCUUUGGGCGAAUGUUUACCGAAAUCAAGAAUAUGCAAUGGAUUCCUCGAAUGUUCCGAUGGCAGCGACGAACGCGAUUGCGUUACGAAUUUACGAUAAAGAAAAAAGAUAAAAAAAAAAAAGAAAAAGAAAAGACUGACACACACACACACACACACACGUAUUUAU